AUGGCAAACAACAACACAAACAACAAUGUCGGGCAAGGCCCCUUUUGGGACUUUGUUCGCUCUUUUGACGCCAACCCGCAGCGUGCAGGUGCUGGCGUCGACCACGCACCAGCAGGUCAGCCACCUUUCGGUGCUGGAUUUCCCUUUGGCGGUCCUGGGUCUUUCAACCCUUGGCAUGGCGGACACUGGGGAGGCCCAUGGGGACCGCCACCUCCUCCCCCGGGUGACUUUCCCUGGGGACAUCGCGGAGGCCGACACGGAAGACAUGGUCGCCAUCACCACCGCCGAGGCGAUUCAGACUCUGAAAGGGAGGGCGAAGAAUCAGAGGGGCACGACUUUGACAUGGACGAAUCACCUGAGACCAUGAGAGACGAUGUGCCACCUCCACCGCCACCACCGGGCGGCCCUCACCCACCACAUCAUGCCGCUGGCUCUCCUCACCCUCCACCUCCACCCCAUGAGGGGCCACGUCAUCACCACGGCCGUCACCGACACGGAUCUCGUGGACCUGGAGGCCCGGGCGCAUUCCGUCGUGGCAGCUGUCGCGGACGUGGAGGUCCUCGUGGCAGACACGGUCCUCCCCACGGCCCGCCCCCGCCACCUUUCGGCGGGCCAUUCGACUUUCGCUCCCUGAUGGGAGCUCUUGCUGGCCACCCAGCCGCUCAGGCUCUCAGAGGAUAUUUCGAACCGCAAGAUGCCCCCCGGGCAGCCGGCGAGCAGUCCGGAGAGCAGCAGGACGACAGCUUCGUCCCUCCUGUCGACACAUUCAACACGGAGAAGGCAUACGUCUUGCACGUUGCGCUACCCGGCGCGGUGAAGGAAGAUGUUGGGGUCAACUGGGAUGCGGACAAGAGCCAGCUCAACAUUGCUGGAGUUGUCUACCGGCCAGGAAACGAGGAGUUCCUCCAGUCGCUAAGCUCCGGGGAGCGCAAGGUCGGCAUGUUUGAGCGCAGCAUCAAAUUGCCCCCUUCCAACGUCGACGAGAAGGAUGAAGUCGACGGAUAUGGCAUCACUGCCAAGAUGGAGAACGGAAUUCUCAUUGUUACCGUUCCCAAGGUCGAGAAGGAGUGGACCGAGAUCCACAAGGUUGAUAUUCAGUAG